AGGAAAAAGUUUUUUUGUUGCGUUUUUAUUGAAGAUCACUUUCUCGUCUUUCGAGCUGUUGAACGAAAAUUAUUCAACGAAAGAAAUGAUGGUCUCGUCUAGUAUGAGUUUACUGGCGGUCGGAAUAGCUUCUGGAAUUUUUCUUUACAUCAGCCUUCGAUCGAGGAAGAAUUCGAAGGCGAAGGAAACGAAACGAGUGGUCCUCGACAGACGUUGCGCCUGUUGUUUGGCAUCGUUUCUUAUCGACCGUGGCGUGCGUUGCAGUGAUUGCGGCGCCCGGUCCUGUAGGAAGGCCUGUUCGCGUUGGGACACAUCCGACAAUGCCUGGCACUGCAUAUUCUGCCAUCAACAAAGAUCGUGGUUGAAGAGGAAUGAUAACUGGUUCGAUAAUUUCGGUGGCAUGGCGAAUGAGGAGGAACUGCAUAGCGUCUUUAGCAUCGCCAAAUCGCGCCUUUAUGUUGCAGGAAAUGCAGCUGCAAUUUCCAACGUGGAGCAGAUUCAGGAGGAUCGGGAAGAGAGACGCAUGGUGUACGCGAUCCAAAAUUUUGUCGAAAAGAUAAUCGAUGGUCUCGUUGAGAACAUAGACGAUACGCCAAUCGAUCGACUCUACGAGGACCUCGAGUACGACAGAUUUCUGGAGGAACAUCGUCCACCAUUGAUCGCCGCUCUCAUUCGAUUGACUACCUGUUUGAAAGCGUCCCUUACGAACAAACCAUCUACGGAUCCGCCAGCUAUGGCGCAUGCGGCGCUCAGAGAGAUCGUCGAGAAAGCCGUCGAGGAAGCUCGGAAGUUGCCAGGAUUAAAUGCAUCCGAAGACGCAGAGCAACCUCAAGAAGAACGCGCCGUCACGGAUGAUAGUUAUGAGGAUCUCCUCGCCACCGCGAUACUCAAUAAGGUUAUCGAAAAAUAUCAAAGAGAACGAGUUGACGGUAACAGCAACGUUCUACACGAUACAAAUUCGCCUAAAGCAAAAUAUACCGCAAACGACAGCAAGCAUAGCCUUGAGGAAGAUGUGGCGAGUUACGCGUCCGACCAUCUCGAGUGCAACGGUGAUCAUAGUGCGUCGAUCAGGAGGAAUGAAGAUCAUCAUAAACCGGUGUCCUUUACGAUGGAAGAAAGAAUCGAGGAAGUAACCACAAUCACGUCGGACGAUGAUGAACUUCGAGACAACGGCGCCUUGGAAUUCGGUUGCAGCCGACGCGUACCGUUUCCAGAAUACGGGAUGGACAUCAUUGACCCUCCGCGAGAAUUAUCCUCGCCAUCGCCGUCAUCAUCGUCAGAUUCUUCAGAUUUAAAUCGCAACGAAUAUCCGCCAGUCAGGACGAAACGUCACGCCACUGGUCACACGAUGGAUAUAGUCUCGCCAAUCGAGUCUUGGGAGGAUAAUUGGUUAUUUCAGAAGAAGAGGAACUCCCGAUCGCAGCCAGACGCGGUUGCUAUGUUAGUACCGAGCUCUAACGCAUAUUACAAGGCUCUGAUUGGCGAUCGGGAUGCUGAGGACACGUCCGAUUUAUCCGAAUGUUCCUCUACGAAAUCUGACGAAGAGAUCGAAAAGGAACUGAUGGAGGCGAUCAACAACGUGAUUCCGAGAACUCCCAGGAUCUCCGAAAGUGACGCGACAAAUGAUCAGAUAGAAAAUCAUCAGGAAGGAACAAGCAAGACGCAAUUCGAAAAAGACAAGAUCGAUACCUGUCAAGUGAUUAAGAAAACUGAAAAGAAUGCAACUGCUUGCGAGAGUUACGAUGAAAAAAAUGACGAGGAACACUUGAAGACUUCAGAAAAGAAAACAGCCAAACGUGAAGAUGAUAAAGAAAAACGAAAUGAAAGUUCGUUUAUGUCGAUAACAGUAGCAAAGGGAGAUAACGAAGCCAAAGAGAAGCCUAAAGAUACGGUCGAAUGCAGCAAAAAGAUAACCGCGACCGCGGUGGAAAGUUCUAUACAAAAGGAAGUAAAGAUGAAAUCUGAGAAAUCGAGUGAGAGGAGCUAUCGAGGGGAAAACGUCGCGGACGAAAAUGAAGAACAACGAGAGAGCGAAUAUACCGAACAUUACGACACCGCGAUCCAGAGACAUUUGGACAGUUUAACGAAGAUUGAAGUUUGCUCUGGAGAGAGCGAGGCAAUCGAUGGAACGAGAAAAAUGACGGAUGAACAGCUUAGAAAAUCAGAGACCAAUUCAAUCGAACAACCAAAAAGUGAACAUUCAGAAGCCGAAGUCCACCAAUUGUCUUAUGCAACAAUCGACAAGAAUCACGUCGACAUGAUAAGUGAAAAUGAUCCAUUAAGCACCCCUCCACGACCAGGCACAAUAGCGGAACGCGAGCACAAAAAAUGGGAAAACGCUCCACCGAUCGAAAACAAUCCCUACAGCGAGGAGAGCAUACGAAAGCGAUGUUUGGAAAGACAAUAUUCGAGAAAUUCGGAUAUUUCAGGAGCCCAUUACGAGUUAACAAAACUGAACGAAGUGAGUCUGGAGACACUGACACCUGGUCGACCGGACAUCAAACGAUUCGGCAGGGAUUACUAUAUCAACCAAUCGAAGGUAGCCAGUGGAGAACGACAAGAACGGACCAGAUCGGCGAUGUCCUCGAUGUCGAGUAGACCCAGCAGCUCGCUGUCCCAGCAAUCGAGCUGCGCCGACGAUGAACAACACGAACGACAGGUGAGUCAUGACGAGCUCAAGCAAUUUGAGGCAGCUUCGCUGCGCGACAGUAUUCCUAGACGAUGCUGCCGCGAUCCCCUCGCCAGUCCACACUUCGCGAUCAACCCUCUCUUACAUCUGGAGUCCGCGAGCGAUCAAUUGCACCACGAUGACGGCGAGCGAGUCGAGACUCUCGUAGGAAACGAUGUUCGAAUAAUAUGCCCCGAAAAAAAAGAAGGCAAGAAAGGAGACGCGAGGGAUGAUCGAGGAUCUAAGAAUUUCGAGGAGUCGAAUGUAGGAGCUAUUUUUGAAGAGGACAGCUACGUCCUGGCGCAGAGCCUGAAGGUCAACUCUCCGAAAUCAGUAUCGAUGAACUGGAAUCGAUCUUGGGACAAUCACCAAAGCGAGGAACCGAUAGUACCGCGGUACGAUAUUCGUGCAGAAUCGCCGGGCGAUCGAGACGAUCACGACUCCGGAAUGUGCUCCAUCGGAUCUCGCGACUCGGAGAGCAGCGAACGCGAUCGCUGGCGACAGUUGUUUCGGUCGACGGAUAAUCCCCAUGGUAGUGGGCAAAUAUCUUCGGUCGGCGGCAGGAGAUUUUGGACCACCGGCGGAUACAAGUACCACACAUUCGGUGGCAUCAGGAUCCGACCGAAGAAAGCGGAGAAUCCCGACGACGACCUCGAAGAUGAAUCUACCUCCCCGGAGGAUCCGUUCGAGGAUCGCAGUCCGGAAUUUGCAAAAUUGAAGUUUCAAACCUUUGGCGGAAUUAAGAGAAGCAGGAAGAUCGACAGUAGAAGAAUUCCGAACUACAGAAGGAUCCGAUUGAGGCCGAUCCUGCCAGAAGUUACAUCUGUCGUUCCCGGUUGCGAUCUUAUUAAGAAAGAAGGAUCGAUGAAUCUCAAAUUGUAUUCUAAUUUCUCAGGAAAUUGCGAUCAGCCAACAAAUUGGAAUCGUUCCGUAAGUUUGGAAGGAUUCGCUAGUUUUGAGCACUCGACGAGCUCCACUUUCGAAGAGAGCGACUGGCAGGAUGAGAAAAAUGACAUCACGAAUAAUCGGAUAUCCGUGGGAUACCCACAAAUUGGACGCAGUAGAAAUCGGACAAGCACUUCCAGAACUAACUCCAUGACAAAACGCAAGACUUUGAUUCGUAAGAACAUAAAUUCGUCUCCCCUCUGGUCCUUGCCGAAUGAGGACGAUGAGUGGCAGGAUGAGAUCGAUUGUGUUUCCGACGAAAUUAUAAUGAACAAGUUCCUAAAGGAUGUCUCGAGGAGGCGGAAAGCGAGCGUAUUCAACAAUGACAAUAUCGUAGCGCGAGGAAGAGAAAGAUCUGGAAGGCGUCGAGAAAUUCUUGAAAACGAUAACAGCGAAAAGUUAGAGAAAUCGAUAAACAGAAAUACUAAAAGAGAUCUAAAAAAUUCAAAGGAAUCUCAAAAAGAAGAAAAUGAUCAUAAUAAAACACAAUGCAAGAAGUUGUAUGUGAGAAGUUUGAGUGACAUCACGAUAUGGUGAUGAUAAAGAGAAAGGCUGACUUCAAAAUGAAAUAAAAAUCGAUGUCUCGAAAUGAAAGAAUGUACACGAUAUUAAUAAUCAUGACGUUAUUGCCAUAAAGAAGUAUCGUGAGAAGUAUAGAGUUAUAUACUUCAACUGAAAUAAUCUUAGGAUGUCUUUGCCAUAUUAUAUCUCAAAACAAAUUCUUAUUUUAUUUUUGUAAAAUUCUUAUCACGAUUGAUGAGAAAAGUUGGGGGACAAUACACUUCAAAAUGAAUUGGUUAUUAUGGAAUCCAUUGUAUCAAAACUCAAAUGAAGAAAUUAUGAGAUUCUACUUCGAAACAAUGCGAAUCUUAGAAAUUCAGAAUGCGAGCUGCAGUGCGAUAAUUGGUGGAUCCAGCUAACGAUUGUAAAAAAAUUAUUAAGAAUAAUUUAUAGUUAUAAUAUUAUAUGUGGUUGAUGUAUAUUUUUUUUUGAUGUUAUAAUGUACCUGAGAAAAUGCGAAUGCAUUCGUGCCAAUAUCGUAUCGCUCCGUGGCUAUAUUCUUUGAGAUAAGAAUAUCAUGGCGCAAUGCGCUAAUUUAUUAUGUUAUAUACAGGAUUAACGAUUGAAAGUGCAUAUUUAUAAUAGUUGCAAGUGGCUAAUAAAUACGGGUGUAUAAAAAUCUGAGCUUUCAUCACGAUAUGCCGACCUUCCGCUCCUAAACAGAUUUCUUAUUUAGAUGUUCA